UCAGUCCACAGACCCCAAACCGGUACAUUAGAUCUAAAAUUAGUAACAGCAGACAGGGAUGCACCUGGUCAGAGAUGCCUGUAUCAGGCCUGUGUGCUGUAGACCACUGACCACUGCCACUGGAUCAGCAUCAAACUCCUUCUUCAAGUUCAAAAUGUCUGAAGAUAUACCAGAAAAGGUGAUUGAAUAUGAAAGAUUCGUCAAUGAAGUGCUUAGGAAAGAUUUAGAGAAAGUUCUUGCAUCAAGAGAUGAGAUAUUUGCACAAAUUGCAGAGUACCUCCAGCUUAGAACAACCAUUGAGAAGAUUCAGGAGACAGGAUAUGAAACUGAAGAGCUUAAAACCCAAAUAGAUCUUGGUUGUAACUUCUAUGCACAAGCAAAAGUCCAAGAUCCAUCUAUGAUCUUUGUUCAUGUUGGCUUUGGAUUCUUUGUGGAAUUCACUCUGAAAGAAGCUCUCAAGUUUAUUGACAAGAAAACAAAGCAUCUUACUCAGUACAGUGAAAAACUUACCCAAGAUUCUGCUAAGAUAAAAGCCCACAUCAAGCUUGUGUAUGAGGGUUUAAGAGAAAUUCAGAACCUGAACCAAGAGCUUCCCAAAGAACAAAGAUCCCUAUGGACAUGACAGGCUUCAAAUUGGCAAUGCUGUCAAACCUUAUAAUCUUCACUUGUCAUGCACUCUGUUAUAACUGCAGAAUAGACAAUGUUGAGGACUGUCCUGUCAAAUCACUGAGAUGGAUAUUCUAUUGAGAAAAUGUGAUGGCUAACAAGAUUAAAGGUCUACCCAUUGGACAUCCAUCUACAAAGUGUGAACUUCAUUAAACAUGACACAAAAGCGGCUGCCUAAGUUGAUUUUCUAAAAGUCAUACAUUUGGCUAAGUGGAAGCUUUUUUUUUCUGGAACAGAGCAUGCAAGGCAUGCAUUGUUUAUGUCUUCCAAGUCAAAUUUUGCUUACAUUGAACAUAUAUCUUUAGUCCAAAGAUAUCUAAAGCAGACCCACUUGUACAUGGUAGUCUAUUGUUACCUCCUUUCCAUUUUCAUUUUCUUCACUGGCCAUGUGAUUUUGCAUGAGCUUUUACAGAAAUUUAAGGAUUAGAAGGCAAAAGACGCAGUGUCAGAUACUGCAUGUGACUAUAGUCAAAUCAGUCUCUGACUUAUAUGAUAAAUAGCCUGUUCAUUUUGUACACAGUAAAGUGUUUUUAACAGAACAUCACCUUUUCAAGUUACAUUGAUUGUUUUAGGGCUUGCGUUAACCUAGGGCAGUCAAGGAGAUUGCUUUGAGGGCUGAUUUAAUUGUUUGGAUGAUACUAGGUAUGAAGAGUGUGAUCACUUUGUAACAGACAGACAUGUUUAAAAAUAUCCCAACUUUGGAAAUGUAUGUUACAAAGACAAAGUACCGGUAAUACAUUUGUGGUCUAUCAUGAAGGGUGUCUUAUUUAUGAGAAGUACGUGAGUUGUGUUUUCAUGGUUUCUUCUUAUUCAAAUUCAAAUUGAUAAAAAAACAAGGUUCACAAGGUGAACACUCUUCAAGCUCUACUUUAAAAAUACAUAUUUUUGUUUUUAUUUAUGGACGUUAAAUUCAGAGAGUCCCGGUUUUAAAAGGUUCAUCACUCUGGAUCCUGGCACACUGUUAAAUGCCACAUGGGAUACUUUGCUCAAAAUUUGCCAGUUAAACACAAUCCAAAAUUUGAGUGCAACCUGAUUGAUAACUUGAAGUGUCAGUUUUCACACUCGAAGCAUAUGAUCAAUAUUUUUCGUCUGACAAAUUGUCAGAUCUGAAAACUUGCCUGUUUUUUUUAAGUGUAGCUAUAUGUCUAACUGUUACUAUGGUAUCUGUCAGUUAAUGACAUCUUGUCAGUGGUGACAGUAACUUUCAUAGAAUGAAUUUUACAGAUUUAGUUUUAUAUGCAACUCUUUGUGCACCAAGUUCCUAUUAUGUACUGUUUACAUAACAGGUUUUUUUUUGGUAGCAUUUGACAGAUACCUUGAGAUGGAUAGAUUGAAGUUACAUUAUAUGUAUUGAAAAUAAUGACAUUCUAUAACAUACAAAGGCUUUGUAUACCAAAUUAUUAGAUUAGGGAGAAAACCUUUGUAGUCUUUGUGACUAAUUGUGUACAACAUCUACUAUUUAUGUAAAAAAAGGUUUAUAAACAAACUAAAAUAUGUAUUUGUAUUUUUUGGCAGUCAUUUGAUCUGAAUACAUGUGGGGUGUAAGCAGGUUAUCAGAGGGAGAGGGGGGAUGGGGAGGGCAGGCGCUGAUCCUGGGGGGCACUAAUUUUUGUAAUGUAAAAAUGCCAUUGAAACCGAGAUGUGCCCCUUUUCGAAAUUGAAGACCUUUUUUUUGCUUGUCAAUUUUUUUUCGGGUACGAAAUAUCCUUAAUUUGUGGUUGAAAACCUUUUCUUGGGGGGCUUGUCAAAAUUUUCCUCCGAAAAAUUUGCCCCCCCCCCCUUUUGGAAAAUCCUAGAUCCGCCCUUGGGGGAGGGGAACGACAAUGAAAUUACAAAAAGAAAAUGCUUACAUCAUGUAUCAUAUGAUGACUAAAGAAUUAUAGAUAAAGGUGAUUAAUAGAGAGGAAAAGUUAAAUGAGAAAGAAAUCCGACAGAUAAAUGGGGAGGGAGUGAUGGAGAAAAAAAAAAGAGGUGAAAUAUGCAGACUUAAUGGGUAGAAGUCUAUGGUAAAAUACAAAUAAAAGUGAAUGAGUACAUUUUAGUGUUCUGAAAAAAAGUUCUGAGAGGCAUUUUUUUUUUUAUAGUGCCCCAUAGAUUCGUCUUC